CAUAACAUAGAUCCAAGCGACUCUUCGUCAACACUCAGACGGUUUCGGGUCGCAAGGAGGGCAAGAGCACUUUUCACUUGCACAAAACUCUUUCAAAGCUCAUUGCUGCUUUCCAAACAUACAUGUCCGCCGAGCUUGUGAGACCUUUAACACUCCUUCCUGCAAGCUCGAAUGAUGUUGUUGCCUUUAACCGCUACCUCCUCGCCAUCGUAGCUUAGCUCCACGCGUACAUUUGCCAUAAACUAUGCAAAACACAAUUCACAGUUAACAUCUUUACGGCAUACACCAUGAACUACAGCCAACUGCUUUCGGAUUGCUGGGCGUAUGGAGCAUCCUACCUGCCGAUAUGUGGUCUGCCCACAUGGCCGUCCGCCCUUCUGCCGGGCUUGCUUGGAGGCGGAGAGAUCAUCAACAUGGGGCAACGUCGGUUCCGUGUGUUGCGCAAGCUAGGCGAAGGCGGUUAUGCAGUCGUCUACCUGGUUUCGGAGCUGCCCUCCCAGCUCCACCCGCACCCGGACAGCCAACCCAGGGCGAUCAAAAAGGUCUUGCUGCAGUCCGGGGAGCACUACGAGGCCGUACAGCGGGAGAUGCUCGUACACACCGCCGUACAACAUCACCCGCAUAUCCUGCCGCUGCUGGACUACUGCUGCUCGGAAGGAGGUGCUGCUGCGGGGGGAGGAGGAGGUGGUGGAGGAGGAGGAGGGGCUGCCCAUGCUGCUCACACUCCUCACGCUCCUCCAGCUGUUGCUGUGGAUUCCUCCUGCUCGCGCUCCGAAACCACAGUGCUCAUGGUUCGAGACGGCGGUGGUAGCAACAUGCACCCCAGCAGCGCCACCAUGCCACAGCUCCCAGGUGGCAGCGGCGUGGCGUGUUUCCUUUCCCCCGCCUUCCCUUACGGCACGCUGGCGGGGGAGCUGGGGCGGCUGGCGGGGCGGGGGGAGCGGCUGGGGAGCGGGGAGGUGCUUCGGGUGCUGCUGCAGCUCACCAAGGCUGUACGGCACAUGCACGCGCUGGGCUACGUGCACCGGGACAUCAAACCACUCAACGUGCUGCUAUCCGUCAUUGACAACGCGGAUGCCGGGAGCCAAGCAGCGAUGCAGCGACGAGGGCAGCAACAACAGCAGCAACAGCAACCGCAAAGACAGCGGCAACAGCAGCAAAAACAGCGGGGCGGGCCUGUGCGGCCAGGCGCAGAGGAGGAAGAGGACUUGGAGGCGGGUGUGGGAUUGAAACAAGCGGCAGCAGAGGGGGCAGCUGCCGGUUGCAGGUACCACUGCGUGCUGAUGGAUUUCGGCAGUGCGCGCUCGCGGUGGGCGGAGGUGGCCACUCGGGGGCAGGCGCGGCAGCUGCAGGA